UGAAACGAGCGCGUUGAAGAGAGAAGGGGACAUAAUCGUGGAGAGACCGUGUGCGUCGUGAAGGAGCGAGGGAACCGGAGAGACACGGGAACGGAGAGAGAGAAACAGCUCCGUGGCGGUUUUACCAUUUCAGUUUCACUCAGACCCCGGCCUGAAAUCGCGCGUGUCCACGGCUCUCUCGAUACCUCGAGCUGAAAACCUCGUGUGCUACGAAUUAAACUCAACGAACGAUUUUCCACAGGCUGUGUACUCGCGUGACCCCUCGUGGCCCCCGUUCGCGAACGAAACCCCCUUGGGUCGUUGCUUAACGACGGUUUUUCCCGCGUUGCGCGGCAGUGUCGAGCCGACAGUUUUCGAGUGUGCCUCGCGCGGAACGGUGUCACGUUUCGUCGGCGGUACGGGACGGUUUUCAUCAACCGGCGAACAACGAAAGGGAGAAGCUGACACACGAAGAAACGAAAUCGAGAGAUAGAGCGAAAUGGGCUACGGGACAGAAAUGGACGGCUGCGGCCGAUGUAUGAAGUACUCCUUGUUCUUCGUCAACUGCGUCAUCUUCUUCGGAGGAGUCGCUAUAGUGGGCCUAGCAGUAUGGGCACUUCUGGACAAAGUGCCAUGGAUAGGCGAGCUGGUGGGCAACGAUCUCUUAACCGGCGCGAUCUACGUUCUGCUAGCUGGCGGGAUCAUCGUCGCCAUUAUAUCGUUCUUCGGUUGCAUCGGUGCAUCGCGGGAAGUCAAGUGCAUGCUUCUCACGUACUUCAUCAUCGUGUUCUUGCUGUUCGUGACGAUGCUAAUUGGAGGAGUACUCGCGUAUGUGUUCCGUGAGAAAUUAGUGGACACACUGCAGAGGGAAAUGUCGAGUUCGAUGAGGGUUUACGAUAGCCGCAAGUCCGUCAGGGAAGCUUGGGACACGACGCAAUCCACGCUCCACUGCUGCGGCGUAAGCGGAUGGAGAGACUGGGGAAGCCUAGGUCUGAACGUGCCACAGAGUUGCUGUCGCGAAAUCCAGCCCGGUCAGCGAUUCAACUGCAACGCUGGACCGGACACGGUGAAUCCCUCGAAUGCCUAUCUCGAAGGUUGCAUCAACGGAACGCAGAUUUACAUGCAGAAGCACGCGACGAUCAUGGGCGGCGCCGGUAUUGCAGUCGCCUGUCUGAUGUUCUUUGGCAUGAUAUUCUCUUGCGCGCUAUUCAAGAUGAUAGAAUGACGAGAGGGCUAUGUGGUCUAAAGACACCUCCAAGGUACUUCGUGGUAAGCUAAUGAAGACCAAGUGGAUGUCAACCGUCCUCGAGCGACUCAUACGAAUUCAUAAUCAACGUCAUCAUCGUCAUUGAGUGUACCUAGCUGAAGUACGAAAAUCAAAAUGCAUCUCCACGUCCAUCUACGUUGUCAAUGUACAGUUCUCAUCGUUUUGUAUUUACCGUCUUUGUAUCUUUCUCUAAUUUAUAGAGAUACACGGCAAGCGUUCUUGUUUAAGUGUACGAUGUAUUAUAUUUAAUUUUUAUGGUAAUAUAUUGUGUACCUUCCACGCGAAAUAAAUAUAACAUAUAUGAAACGACCGCGUAUAUCUAUCGAAUGUUAUCACGCAAAAUAAU